AUGAAGAGCCCCCUAUCCACUGACGAAAGCCUCAAUGAUCCCUCUACGCAAGAUCUUCCACAGACAAUUAAACCAAACAACCAAAAUGAUGAAAAAGGUGAAAAGACAUCAAUCGAAGACAUUGAAACUUCCAAUGAUGCAGAUGAACAACAGUACCCUAGCAAAGUCAAGCUCAUCUUCAUCGUCCUCAGCUUGAGCUUGUGCAUGUUUCUAGUGGGUCUAGACAACACAAUCAUCUCCAGCGCCAUUCCCAAGAUCACCGAUGAUUUUCACGCUCUCGAGGAUGUAGGCUGGUAUGCAAGUGCCUACAUGCUCACAGUCUGUGCCUUUCAGUUGAUGUGGGGAAAGCUCUUCACGUUCUACACGAUUAAAUGGAUCUAUCUUGCAUCGCUGUUUAUAUUUGAGCUUGGCUCGUUGAUAUGCGGUGUUGCCCCCACCUCCACAGCCCUGAUAGUCGGACGAGCCAUUGCCGGCAUUGGUGGCAGUGGUGUUACUAAUGGCUCAUUCCUUUUGAUUGCUUACUCGGUGCCUCCGCGCCAGCGACCUGCUCUGAUCGGAGCACUUGGCUCUAUGUAUGGGUUUUCUGCCAUCGCUGGUCCAUUGAUUGGAGGCGCUUUUACCGACAAUGCCAAACUUACCUGGAGGUGGUGUUUUUAUAUCAAUCUGCCUCUUGGGUUUGUUGCCGGUCUUGUCAUCCUGUUCUUUGUCUCUUCAUUCAAAGGGAGUAAGGCCGGUAACCUCGGCUUCAUGAAUCAACUUAAGCAAAUGGAUGUCCCAGGUACUCUGUGUCUGCUACCUGGGAUUAUAUGCUUGCUGCUUGCUCUCCAGUGGGGUGGGACCAAAUACUCCUGGAGCAAUGGUCGCAUCAUUGCUUUGUUUGUGGUAGCCUUUGCCAUACUUCUGGUCUUUGGGUUCAUCCAGCUUCGCUCUGGAGAACUUGCGACCGUCCCGAAACGCCUAUUCUGCAACCGAAAUAUUUGGGGUUCUUCCUUAUUUGGGUCCUGCAUCUGUGCUGCGUUCUUCACGAUGCUGUACUACAUCCCAAUUUGGUUCCAAGCUAUAAAGGGAGCUAGUCCAAUCAAGUCGGGGGUGAUGAGUCUCCCACUUGUUGUAAGCUCGAUCAUUUUCUCAUUCAUGACUGGGGGUCUCACUUCGGUGAUUGGGUACUACGUCCAAUGGGCCUAUUUGACAGUGAUAUUCAUGGCACUCGGAACGGGUCUACUCACCACAUUGAGGGUGGACUCCGGUCAUGCAGAAUGGAUUGGCUAUCAAGUCUUCCUCGGAGCUGGCGUGGGCUGUGGUCUUCAAACCGCGUUUUCUGCACCCCAAACUGCCCUGGCACUGGAGGAUAUCCCCAUUGGUACUGCUGUUGUUAUUUUCACAGAGAAUCUCGCCAGCGCAGUAUUCGUGUCAGUCGCACAGAACGUGUUCACCAACCAGCUCAAGACGAAUGUUGCUCAAUACGCGCCAGAUGUGGACGCCAGCGCCAUUAUCGCAGCCGGGGCCACGGAGUUUAUGGCUCAAGUGCCUGAAGGACUUCUCGAUGCUGUGCUAUUCGCUUACAACAAAGCUCUGGAUCAGACCUUUUAUGUAGGAGUUGCUCUCUCGUGCUUUGGUAUCUUUGGCAUCUUUGGGAUGGAGUGGCUAUCUGUCAAGGGAAAACAGGACAAGGAUGUUUCCAAUGAUAGUCCUGCCCCCUGA